CAGGAAAUGUGGGGGAAAGAGCACGGAUUUUGCUGAAUUGCACCAAAAUUGAACUCAUGUCGGUCAUGUGUGGUUGGGUACUUCGUGAUUUCGUGCUGAAAAUUAAAUUCUUUUUCCCAUCUAUGUAGUUCUUUGUCCCAAUUUGCAGUACAAAUAGUGUGUUUGAGUGGAAAAUCGCCACAGACAGUGAUUGUGAGUUGAGAGCGUGUUAUCCGUGAUUAUGAAUAAAUUGUUGGUAAUCCUGUGGUGUUCAGCAUUACUCCACAUUGAGGGAACAUGGCAGAUGGGAUUGAGAUUCUCAAGAAGGAAGGAAGCAUGCUGCUACUUUGCCCUCAAUGGUAUCUACCCCAAACAUAUUGCCUUCUACUCAACUGAAGAGCUGAAUUACCAUCGAAUUUGGAAGCUCACCGACAGAGCCAUUGAGCACACAUGCUUCCCACUUUUGCGCCAAAAACUCGCACGGAUUUAUCGCCCUGCGGAUGUGAACAAAGAGACGUACUUCAAGUUGAGAGAUUUCUUCUACAAACAAGCACAGAACUACAGACGCUGGUCAGGAUGCAGAAGAUCUGAUAUUUUUGGUGAAUAUCUCGAGAAUGAACAUCUCACACCACCGAUAAAGUCUCAGGAACAUUCAAGUACGUCUCCAUGGCUAGCAGGGAGAUUUGGGCCAACUAUUCCCAUGCCUGGAGGCCCACCAAAUGAUCCACAAAUUCCUUAUUCAAGUGAAAUUGCACAUAAUCUUCAAGAGUAUCCAACACAGAUUACAACUGGCUACGAAGACGCAUCAAGAUAUGCUUCACAAUAUGAGACGACUGAAGAUUUCUAUUCAACUCCUGAAGAUGCUGAAGAUUCUUCAGAAUACGUUCAUGAAUAUACCGAUAUAUUUAACGCUCAACUAAAGAAAAUUGAAGAAAACAAUAAAGAUAGUAAAGAGAUUGUUAUGAGCUUUGUGGAUAGAUUUGGAGGAACAUCUUCACCUACAAAGCCUGUAUCACCGGAAACUUUUACAGAAUCUGGAAAAAUGGAAACUCCUGAUUAUACAGAAAAAUCAGAAGAAGUUGGAGCAGCUACUUUGGGAAAUACUUUUGAAGAAGACGAAGAAAAUAAUCCAAAGGAUCCUGAAGACGAAGAUGAAGAAACAACUUCAAAGGAAUCUGUAGAAGAAGAUGAAAGAAGUGCUACAAAAAAUUCUUCCCAAGAAGACGAAAGAAUUGAUCCAAAAGAUCCUGAAGAUGAAGAUAAAGGAAUAGUUUCAAAGGAAUCUGUACAAGAAGAUGAAGGAACUGCUACAAAAAGUUCUUCACAAGAAGAUGAAGGAAGAAGUACAACAGAUCCCGUAGGCGAAGAUGAGGGAAUUUUCUCAAAUGAUUCUCAAAAAGAAAAUGAAGGAGCAGAUAAAAAAUACUCUUCAGAAGAAGAUAGAGAAAACGCUACAAAAGCUUCCUCAGAAGAUCACGAAGAAGUAGUUGGAAAGUAUUUCUCAGAAGAAGAUGAAAGAACCGUUACAAAAUAUUACCACGAAGAAGAUAAGGAAGCAGCUAUAAAUUAUCCCGUAGAAGAAGAUGAAGCAGCUACCACAGAAGAUUCUUACCAAAAAGAUGAAAGGAGCGAUAUUAAAUAUUCCACAGAAAGGGACGAAGGCACAACUUCAAAGAAUUCUGUAGAAGAAGAUGAAACAAUUUCAGAAAAAUCUUCCCAAGAAGAUGAAGAAGUAGCUGAAAAAUAUUUCCCAGAAGACGUUAAAGGAAGAAUUUCAAAUCAUUACUCAGAAGAAGAUAAAGUAACAGACUUUCCAUAUGAAAAUGAGAGAAUUGGUAUGAAAUAUUCCCCGGAGGAAGAUGAAGAAAAUGCUGAGAAAUCUACAUUAGAAGAAGAUAGGGAAACAACGUUAGAUUAUUCUUCAAGACAAGCUUCAAAAGCAGCUGUAGAGGAUUCUCAAGAAGAAAUUGAUAAUGGAAAGAAAAAUAUUUCUUCAGAAGAAGAAGAAGAUAAAGAAUCAAACAAGGAUUCUCCAUAUUAUGAAGAAGAAAUUAUUGAAGGAUUUUCAGAAAAAUAUGAAGAAAGCAGUGCAAAAUAUUCUCUAGAAGAAGAUGAAGAAAGGCCAACUGAACAAGCUCCAGAAGAAGGUAAAUGGGCAGCUCCAACAGAUUUCGAGGAAGAAAUUGAAGGACGAUUCACAAAAUAUUCUGCAAAAGAAGAUGAAGCAGCAGCUUCAGAAGAUCUCUUAAAAGAAAGUGAUGAUUUCAUCAAAUAUUCUUCAGAAGAAGAUAAAGAAACAAUAACAAAGGGCUUUGUUGUAACUGACCAGGAAACUUCAAAAGAUUCUUCAGAAAUCGAUCAGGAACACAUAAUGACUCAUCCGGGAGAAGAAUUAAGAAAAUAUUCAGCAGAAGAAGACACAGAAAGAGAUACAAAAUAUUCUUCUUCAGGUGAAGAAACAGCUACUCCAGAUAUUUGGACAGAACCAACGGAAAGGGAUCUAGAAUUUUACUACCAUCCGAGAGGAAGUCACUACGAAGGAAUAAAAACCGAAGACUCUACUUAUUCAACAACUGAUGGUGACACUGAGGAAAGAAUUCCAGAAGAACUUACCGUCAAAACUGAAGAUUUUGAAGAUACUCCUGCAAUUUUAGAGCAACAUAUGCAACAUGUUCCAUUUUAUAAGUCUCCAGAGAAACCGGAGGACUAUAAAUAUCAGGAAUUUGAUGAAGGAAUAAAAAACUACAGAGAUACUCAAAAAUCAGAUGAAGAACUGAAAGAAAAUCAUCCAAGUUCUAUUGAAGAGUACAAAGACAAUAAACAGAUAACAAUAACAACAAAAGAUUCUAAAGAAUACAAAGACUUAGAAACAACCACUGAUGCAUUGGAUGAUGCUGAAGAAGUAGAAGAAUCAUUAGAAAUUGUUGAUGAGACCGAAGAAAAAUAUUAUGAAGAAGCUUUAACUCCCUUAACAACCAAACAUAAUGAUGAAGAAGAUGAAAUUGUACCUGAAAAAAAUCCCCUUGAACACGAACGUAACUACAGUAAAGAAUAUUCAGAUUAUUCUUUAGAAUCAACUACAUUGCAGACACGUUUCAAUGGGAAUUAUGCCCAAGAAAAAGGAUAUGAUCGUGAAUAUUCAGAGUAUGAUGAAGCAGUUGAAAAGUCAUCAGAAGAACAUCAAGAAGAAGAAUACUCCGGAGAAGCAGGAACACAAGAAAUUGACCAAAGUUCAGUAAGUCCAACAGUUGAGGCGCCAAAAAUGGAAACAACUGAUACUGCGGAGUCUGUUGAAGCACAAACUGCCACCUAUCUCGAUAGAUACUUCAAGAAAGUCUGGGAUGAAGUUAAAUUGAAGAGCACAGGCCAGACAACAACUGGCGGAAAUGAUGAAACUACACCAGUUAGUUCAAAAGAUAAAUCUGUAGCUGUAGAAAGUUCAGAAAAGUAUGACGAGAAAGCUCCAACAACUGAAUCAAAUGAAGAUACAAAAUUGAAGGAAUAUUCAAAGGAAUCAAGUGAAAUUGAGAAUCCUGAAGUAAUAAAUGAGCCACCAGAUAAAUACUUUUAUGACACAACUGACUUAGCCGAUAACAAGACAACUGAAGCUGCAUCUGAACCAACAACAGGAUCAACUGCAGGAUACAGUGAUGAUGAGAUAAACGGAGAAAGUGAUGAGAAGAAGUUAUACAAGCAUGGAAGCAUAUCAUCAGUUGAAGGAUCAGAAGAAGGAACAGUUGAAGCAAAAAAAGAAACUGAAGAACCAACUAAAGGAGUAGCGGAAGAUGCAACAGAAUCAAUACAGUCAACAACUCCAAAACGACGUAAGCCUCUCAAAGAAAAAUCAAACGCAAUGAGAGUCGUUCCGGAGGAGAGAAAGAAAGGCAGUGAUGAGUACAGCCCAGAAUCUGUCUCAAUGAAGCCCCAAAAUCCAACAACAACCCCGAAGGGACAUGAUAAUCCAACAGAUGAUUCAUUUGGGAGUGAAUUUGAAUUAACUGAAGAGGAUAUGGAUUCAAAUUCAACUGUUGCAGAUUUUUCAUCACAGGAAGCAUCAAUUGAAUACUCUCAAGGAUAUAACGAGGAUAAAUCUGAGAAAGUAGUUGUACCGAGACGAACAAGAUCUAAAGGAUAUCAGGGGAGGCCUUCACAGAACUAUUCAAAGCCUUCACAGGACUAUUCGAAGCCUUCAGCAACAAGGACACCUGUGGAGGAGGUUGAUUCACAGAGAUCAGGUCGAUUGAUAAGUGGUGCGAGGAAACCUCUACUUGGACAUGUUAGGGAUACAGUUGCUAGAGUUUCUUCCAACUCUUACCUCACGAAAUUAGUGCGAUAAAGCAAAUAGUUCCCUUGGCGACAUCCCACAUCGUGGAGUUUAUUUUUAGUUUAAGUCUUUGUGUUUAAGUUAAUUCGAUUGAAGCCAAAAGUCACGACUUCCAACGCCACGUUUAGUUGUUGGAAAAUUUCCAAGCAGUUUCACCUUUGCCUCCAUCGACAUGAGAUCUGGAUAUUUGCUGUGCUUCUUCGUCAUCUUCCUCUGCCACAAUGGCAUCCGUGGUGGUCCUGUGCAAUCACCUUAUCAACUUUUGGGUCUUGUUGACACCGUUGGAAGCCACGUAGACGUUUACAAGGAAUACGGUCAUGUUGCUGACUACGAUCUCUGGAAUGUUGGUACACCGAAUGUUGAAAAACCUUCCCAGGAAGUUCCAGUAAACUACGAAGAAAUUACAAAUAAAUCUGAAAAUAUCGUUAUUUCAAGUGGUGUCGAAAACCAAGAAGUCGUCAAAAAGAAAGGAGAGACGAUCACCGAAGGACAAUCCAAGACUCUCUACAAUCUUCUAUCUACCCCCGGCAAUUAUGCUCAUUAUGAUGCAUAUUCGCCAUACAACUAAAUUACAUACUGUGGAACAUUUAUUUGGGUGUUGGUUAAAAGUUAAAAAUUAAAUAAAAAAAUUCAGCAACUUUAA